ACUCAUCAUUAUGACUAAAGCCGAACGAAGCUUCGUGGAACUUACUACUAAUUAUCACUUGCUAUUUCCUCAUAUUAUGAAUAUAGGAAAGAAUAGAACUUAGAAUUUUAAGAGAACACACUCUAACAACGUAGUUUCAUCUUGCUACUGCAUCAUAAACAGCAGUUGUAAUGGCUAUGCAAAUAAAUAUAGGUGCUUCUUCUUCUUCUACUUUGGAGGUGGCUUCAAAUUCUUUUGAUGUUUUUAUUAGCUUUCGUGGUGAUGAUACUCGUAGAAAAUUCACAAGCCAUCUUAAUGAAGCUUUGAAAAAGAGCGGCCUUAAGACAUUUAUAGAUGACAACGAGCUUAAAAAAGGAGAUGAGAUCUCAUCAGCACUGAUCAAAGCCAUUGAAGAGUCAUGUGCAUCUAUAGUCAUCUUAUCAGAAAACUAUGCUUCUUCAAAAUGGUGUUUGAAUGAACUCGUCAAGAUUCUAGAAUGCAAGAAAGAUAAUGGACAAAUUGUGAUACCAAUUUUCUAUGAAAUAGAUCCAUCUCAUGUGAGAUAUCAGAUUGGGAGCUACGGGCAAGCCUUUGCAAAGUAUGAGAAGAAUUUGAGGCACAAGAAAGACAACUUGCAAAAAUGGAAAGAUGCUCUCACCGAAGUCUCCAAAUUAUCUGGGUGGGACUCUAAAAAUUCAAGGAUUGAAUCGGACUUCAUUAAGGACAUCGUCAAAGAUGUUUUGGAAAAACUGAAUCACGGACGCCCAUUUGAAGCCAAUAAGGAACUUGUUGGAAUUGAAGAAAAGUAUGAAGAGAUUGAAUUGUUAACGAAUAAUGGGUCAAAUGAUGUUAGAACGCUUGGAUUAUGGGGCAUGGGGGGCAUAGGAAAGACCGCUCUAGCAAAAAGUUUAUAUGGUAACUAUUGUUCUCAAUUUGAAUAUCAUUGUUUCCUCGAAAAUGUAAGGGAAGAAUCAACUAGGUGUGGACUCAAUGUUGUACGUAAGAAGCUGUUUUCUACAUUGCUGAAGCUUGGUCUUGAUGCGCCUUAUUUUGAAACCCCAACUUUCAAAAAAAGACUUGAACGUGCAAAAUGUUUGAUUGUGUUGGACGAUGUUGCAACCUUAGAGCAAGCAGAAAAUCUAAAGAUCGGUCUGGGACUAGGUAGUAGAGUCAUUGUCACAACAAGAGAUAGGAAAAUAUGUCAUCAAUUUGAAGGAUUUGUGGUAUAUGAGGUCAAGGAAUUGAAUGAAGAUGAAUCUCUUCAACUAUUCUGUUGUAAUGCAUUUCAAGAAAAACAUGCUAAAGAAGGAUACGAAGAGCUCUCAAAAAGUGCAAUUGGAUAUUGCAGAGGCAAUCCUCUAGCUUUGAAAGUUUUAGGUGCGAAUUUUCGUGCAAAAAGCAAAGAAGCAUGUGAAAGUGAAUUGGAAAAGAUAAAAGAGAUUCCUUAUGCAGGAAUUCAUGAUGUGUUAAAACUGAGUUUCUAUGACUUAGAUCGUACUCAACGUGACAUAUUUCUAGACAUUGCCUGCUUCUUCUACCCAAAAAUAAAUCACUUUUAUUGUUAUGGACGGCGAGAAUACAUAAUAGAUCUAUUUAAUGCUUGCAAAUUUUAUCCGGCAACUUCAAUAGAAGUCCUUCUUCAUAAAUCACUCAUGACUUUUGGAUAUCGUGAUCAAAUCGAAAUGCAUGAUUUGGUCGUAGAAAUGGGACGAGAGAUUGUUAAGCAAGAAGCUCCGAAAGACCCCGGAAAAAGAAGUCGAUUGUGGGAUCCCGAGUUAAUUUAUGAAGUAUUUAAAUACAACAAGGGAACUGAUGCUGUUGAAGUUAUACUAUUUGAUACUUCUAAAAUUGGUGAUGUAUACUUGAGCUCCAGAUCCUUUGAGAGCAUGAUCAACUUAAGAUUACUUCAUAUCGCCAAUGAAUGCAACAAUGUGCAUCUCCAAGAAGGUCUUGAGUGGUUGUCUGAUAAAUUGAGGUACCUUCAUUGGGAAUCAUUUCCACUUGAAUCUUUGCCAUCAACCUUUUGUGCUCAAAACCUUGUACAACUUAGCAUGACCCAUAGCAAGCUUAGAAAGCUUUGGGAUAGAAUUCAGAAGCUUGACAAUUUAACAAUCAUUAAACUUGAUAACUCUGAAGACCUGAUUGAGAUUCCGGACUUAUCAAGAGCACCGAAUCUUAAAAUAUUAUCUCUUGCUUAUUGUGUGAGUCUCCAUCAACUCCAUCCUUCCAUUUUCAGUGCCCCCAAGCUUAGAGAACUAUGCUUAAAAGGUUGUAAAAAGAUUGAAAGCCUUGUAACUGACAUUCAUUCAAAAUCUCUCCAAAGACUGGAUCUCACUGAUUGUUCAUCCCUCGUACAAUUUUGUGUGACAUCAGAAGAAAUGAAAUGGUUGUCGUUACGUGGCACAACUAUCCAUGAAUUUUCAUCAUUGAUGUUGCGUAAUAGCAAACUAGACUAUCUUGAUCUAGGUGAUUGUAAGAAGCUUAACUUUGUUGGGAAGAAGCUAUCAAAUGAUCGAGGAUUAGAGUCUCUUUCAAUAUUGAACCUUUCAGGAUGCACACAAAUCAAUACAUUGAGUAUGUCGUUCAUCCUUGAUAGCGCACGAUUUUUAAAAUAUCUAAAUCUGAGAAAUUGUUGCAACUUAGAAACCCUCCCUGACAACAUCCAAAACUGUUUAAUGUUGAGAUCCCUUCAUUUAGAUGGUUGCAUAAACCUUAAUUCACUACCAAAGCUUCCUGCAUCCUUGGAAGAGUUGAGCGCCAUUAACUGCACAUAUCUGGACACAAACUCCAUUCAAAGAGAAAUGCUUGAGAACAUGUUAUACAGAUUACGCACCGGAAACCACUUUGGUUCACCUUUUAUUUCUCCAGAAGGCUUUUUCAAUUUACUUCUUCCGGUUGCCGAAGUUCCAUGCGGGUUUGAUUUCUUCACAACGGAGGCUUCAAUCAUUAUUCCUCCUAUUUCAAAAUAUGAAUUCUAUCAUAUUGUUUUAUGCGUCUUUCUCUCUGAGGGGUUAAAUCUUACUUCUUCCGGAGUUAAUUGUACUAUAUAUAAUCACGGAGACAGAAGCGGCGGAUGGAAUAUAAGUUUUGAGCAUGUGAGCGGGGCAAUGAUUUCAGACCAUGUAAUGCUAUUCAGUUCGUCUGGCGGUAUUUACCAUCAGACGAGGGCGGAUAAUGAUCAUUACAGGCUUUCAUUUGAAGUCGAACUUUAUGGUAAAGACUGGGAACAAUUGUCGUCAACUAAGGGGAUAAAGGGUUGUGGGGUCAUCCUUGUAUCUAGCUUGGAACAUUAUUGUUUGCGGUUGGAUGGUAGUAGUAGCCGAAGUAAAGUUGAAAUUGUUGAAUUACCCUUCAAUGCUCAAGUUUCUGAUGAGUUUGAUCAACAUUCAAAUAUUGAUGAUGAUGAAAAUGAAGAUGCCCAACAACAACUUCUUAUUACCCCCAAAGAAAAUGAGGAAGACUUGAAUUAUAAAUCUUCUUGUGAUUGUUCAAUAGGUCUUUUGCUGCAGCAGCUCCUAGAAGUGUCAAAACGUCUAUUUCUCUUGUGUGUCAAGCUAAACGAUAAGACAAAAUCGUAGCUUUCAUUGAGAAGUAUAGCUUGAUGAAAACUGCUCUUGACACAUAUGAUAGAGCUGAAAAACAUAUGUAAAAAACGAAAAUGCCCAUGCAGCAAUUUACUACCGAAGUAAAGAAUCGGCUGCAAUUAACUACAGAAGUUCCUUCAAAAAUUAACUGCCGACGAAUAAAGGAAAAAAAAAAAAAAAAACCUCGGCACUUAAGUGCCGAAGAACUCAUCAAUUUUAUUUUUCAAUGUGGUAAAGCAUGUAUUAAGGGUUUUCUUGUUUCUCCAUAAAUUUUAAUGCUGUGAUCGACCCUUCUAAGACCUACUACUUUAUUCUACCAAAUUUAAUCUACUAUUAUGCCUAACCAAUUCAUAGAUACCAUAUUUUUUACCAACCACUUAUUAAAAGCUGAAGAGUCCUUAUCCCUGCCCUUUUCUCCCACCAGCUUGCUUCAUGUAUGCACAUGACAAUAAAUCCUCCUCCCAACCAUGGUGUCAACUAUUACCAUUGAUUUCAAGCGUGCAAAAUAUUCCAAGUUAGAAAGCCAAGUCUUAGGGAAGUAGCUUCUUUACCAAACUUAUUGCCAAAAGUAUGGAAACUCUUGUUUUUCAUUAAUCCUAGGCCUUGAUGCAGCUGACGAAAAUGGUGAUGUAUUUGAGAUGUGCAACAUACUACUUAAGGCAAUACGUAUUGAAAUUUGAUGAGUUCCUCGUUUUUUUUCCUUUUUUCGUCGGCAGUUAACUGCCGAAGUUUCUUCAGUAGUUAACUGCAACCGGUUCCUUACUUCGGUAGUUAACUGCCGCAGGAACAUUUUCAUCUUUUACAUGUAUUUUUCAACCCUAUCAUAUGCGUCAACAGCAAUUUUCUAGCUUGAUGGAGUGAAUUGGUAACAUAAAGUUGUAUGCAUGUAAUAAAUUCACCCUUUCAAUAUUUACAGACAUUACCUUUGUAGAAAUCUUCCUAAUUUUAUUCAGUUAUUUUGUAUCUUGUUUUUGUUGGUAUUAAUCAAUAAUGAUUGUGUUUUUAUUCA